GAGAUUUAGUUGACGAUGGAACCGUCAGCGUUAUUGGGCGCAGUGAUUUGCGUGAAGGCUGAGCCUUGUGAGGACGUGUAUAUAAUGGAUGAGUCCACGACCGUGAGCGUGUCUGUGAAAGCUGAGCUGGAUGAUGUGUGUGUAAAAGAAGAGCCCAGGUGCGAUAGCGUGGUUAUAAAAGCCGAGCCUUCGUGCGCAGAUGUGAGUGUGAAAGACGAGUCGCCCGGCGUGAGCGCGGCGGCGGAGCUGUACGCCGAUCACGCAGUGAAAGAUGAGCUCGUGCUCGGCCCCGUGCUAGUGGAGCGGCGCGUGCGCCACGCACCAACAGGGCAAACUCCACAGAAGAAACCAAGCAGUAGACCCGAAACUUACCAUUGUGCCCACUGUAAAUAUACAACGACCAGAAAAGUAUUAUUAAUGAGUCAUUUGAGAACACAUAUCAAUGAGAGGCCAUACAAAUGUGACCUUUGUAACUAUGCUAGUGCCUACAAAUGUGUUUUAACAAGACAUAAAAUGAUUCACACUGGUGAAAAACCUUAUAAAUGUGAGCAGUGUAGCUAUGCCAGUGCAAGAAAAGGUUGUUUGCAACAACAUGUAAGAAAUCACAGUGGUGAAAAGCCUUACAAAUGUGACCAGUGUAAUUAUGCUACUGCCCGUAAAGGUUAUUUCCAACUUCAUGUAAGGAAACACACUGGUGAAAAUCUUCACAAAUGUGAGCAGUGUAAUUAUGCUACUGCCGAUAAACGUGGUUUGCAAGUUCAUGUAAGGAAACACACUGGUGAAAAACCUCACAAAUGUGAUCAGUGUAUUUAUGCUACUGCCCAUAUAGGAAAUUUGCAACGUCAUGUAAGGAUACACACUGGUAUAAAGCCUUACAAAUGUGACCAGUGUAAUUAUGCUACUGCCCAUAAACGUGGUUUGCAAGUUCAUGUAAGGAAACACACUGGUGAAAAACCUCAUAAAUGUGACCAGUGUAAUUAUGCUACUGCCGAUAAACGUGGUUUGCAAGUUCAUGUAAGGAAACACACUGGUGUGAAACCUCACAAAUGUGACCAGUGUAAUUAUGCUACUGCCCAUAAAGGUUAUUUGCAACUUCAUGUAAGGAACCACACUGGUGAAAAACUUCACAAAUGUGACCAGUGUAAUUAUGCUACUGCCCAUAAAGGUAAUUUGCAACUUCAUGUCAGGAAACACACUGGUGUAAAACCUCACAAAUGUGACCAGUGUAAUUAUGCUACUGCCCAUAAAGGUCAUUUGCAACGUCAUGUCAGGAAACACACUGGUGUAAAACCUCACAAAUGUGACCAGUGUAAUUAUGCUACUGCCCGAAAAGGUAAUUUGCAACUUCAUGUAAGGAAACACAUUGGUGAAAAGCCUUACAAAUGUGACCAGUGUAGUUAUGCUAGCAACCAUAAAAAUGGUUUGAAAUAUCAUGUAAAGAAACACACUGGUGAGAAGCCUCACAAAUGUAAAAGCAAAAACACUUAAGUGGCCCACUGAUUAACAGUCCGCCGCACGGUAUCGGCCUGUCAGUUGUUCGGAACUGUCCAAUUUUUGUUCUAACUGACAGGCCGAUACCGACCGGCGGACUGUUAAUCACUGAGCCUCUUUAAUGAGCACAAAUAAUAGUUCAUCAGAUCUUGAACGACCGCUCGAAGGUUAGAAUCCUUAAUCGUAUGUUCCAUGGUUGUUUGAUAUUGUCAUUACAUCAGUCAACAUCCGUACUUUUUGUUUUUUGUACCGAGACUGACUGAAAUAGCAAGACACGUUCGUACGUUUCCGUGAAAAUACGAUGGAAAAUAAUUCUGCCCAAAUAAUAAUACCGAAAUUUGCCUCUGUAAUUUGAACCUAUAAUAUAGUUCGUUUUUCUUAGCAUUACUAAAAAGGUAAACAAUCUUGACGUGUCUUUUUAUUGAAAUACACUUUUGAAUAAUAAGUCACGGCAAAUAUGUAACUAUUAUGAAGCAGAUACGAUUAUUUACAUUCUUUUGCUUUCAUAAGUAAUAGUUACUUUUAAAAAGCGUUUUCCAAUUAAAAGUCUUUUUCUAAUGCUAGGAAAGAUGAAAAGUAGUGUAGGGCAGCGGUCGGCAACCUUUUAGCAGCCAAGGGCCACAUAGUAGUAAAAAAGUUGAAGCAGGCCGCACUGUUCAUAUUUGUGACUUUAUCAGACAUUGUCGUUUGUCAAUAUUACAUACUAAAUAGCCAGGGGGGCUCGCGGGCCGCAAGUGAGAGGUUCACGGGCCGCCUCUUGCCUACCGCUGGUGUAGGGAAUAGAGUUUUUUUUUUGUUUUGUUUGAAAAUUUGUGUGAUAACAAAUGCAACUCUAUUCCAAUCAUAGAGAAAUGAGUAAGGAUAGAGUGCUAACUCCAUUCAUCAGUUUUCUUACCACAACGUUAUUUUGGCAGUCGACAUCUAGCGGAAAGUAGCGAAUUUAUCGAUACCGCUACUUGACAAUAGAUGUCGCGAUGAACAAAUAGUCUAAUGCUCAACAAUUGAGUCGCUUAACUUCAAACUCGGGUAAAUCCAUCUGUCAGAUUAUGCGAUUUUGGUAUUAAUAAA